GUUUUCAUUAGCAAAGGUUGCAGAAAUGCUCCAAGCCAUUCUUCAGAACUUCCAGCGAAAGGACAUCUGAUUUCAACUACUCAGGUAAAAAUGGCUUCUUUUUAUGAUGCACAAGAGUUUCGAGGUAACCAAGGUGGGGAAGAAGAAGUAGAUGUGAUAUUAGUGGAGCCUAUCACCAUGAUAGUGCCACUGGAGUUGCAAGAUUUGCCCAUAACCAUCACGCCGGAGAGUAGCGCUAGUUCGAGCGCGGGUGGUGGUUCCAGUGAGCGCCGUUCUUCAACUUCGUCUAGUGAUUCAUCCACGGAAGAGGCGCCCAGUGAAGCGGGGGGUGUUGAAGAGGUUGGCUGUAAUGUGCCGGCCGACGACAAGUACAACGACGGAGGUGGUUGUGUUCGAAGGGUUCAGAGCGGCGCUGCACCACGAAGUUGUGGAUGGCGCAGCCAUAGUGAAGGGGUACAAGAAAUUAGAGGAGAUGGUGAGACAAUACCAGAUCCCCAGAACCAUCUUGAUCUGAGCUGGGACACCAAACAAAUGAGCGUGUUCAGUGUCGAGGACGGGCUGGGUGCCAGUAGGUUGGGAAUGCCAGUGAAGGCAGUGGUCUUAAGGUCGCUCUUUUUGAGUCAUCUACGCCCUUCCACCAGUGGAACGAGAUGGAUCAAUAACGAGCUCGCCGCCCGUCUAUCAGAGUGGCGUACACCCAACGCCUACAUGAACUACCUGCAGCUGACUGUUGGUGAUAUCGACCUGAAGAACCAGUUGCUCGAUCAUGUGAAGGCGAGGGGUUUGGUGGAUUUGGAAGCCUUGGUUACUAGGGAGCAGCUCGCAUUACUUGGGUUUGUUAACAUGACAAACCUACAUGCUGAAGGAGAAAUGAGUAGUAUCCUAGAGAGGCAGCGUCAACGAGCACAAGGCUCGAGGAACCGUGGAGCUAGGACGAGUAUGGGACCUCAGCCCGCCCUAGCCACUGUAGGGCGGCCUGCCAACAUGCCUCCGGCACCAACACGUGAGGUCACUGAACUAGCACCUACCUCGUCGUCUAUAGUGGGGCCAAGAAUUGCAUACCUGGAUUGCUUCAGUUAUGUUAUAACUGACUGCCAAGCCGCAAUGGUGCAGGGUAUGCAGAGCUUUGUGCCCCCUGCAAAUCGGCAACAUGCUAAGGGGCACGUCCAGCAGCAUGGAGGUCAUGCUGCUUUGCUGAAGCUGAUGGAUGCAUUCAGCUUUACUGUUGCACUCUUUGAGUGCAAUCAGGGAACGCGGAGCUUGGAGAUGGCCAACCGAGCGGUGUCAACAGAGAGCCAAGCUGACGAGUUGGCCUGCAAGGUCAACGAGCGGAGGGAGGAGCUUGAAAAAGCUCAGGCAGAGAAGGAGAGCGGCAUUCAAGUUGCCAAGGAAGAGGCCGGCCAUGCAAAAGACCGGGCUAAAAAGGUAGAGUCUAACAGGGAAAAGACUCUACACGAGCUGAACGCCCUGAAAGAUAGGGUCUCGGAAGCUGAUCUGCACAUCGCCCAAGCUGAGGCGUCCUUGGAGAAGACCAAAAGGCUCCACCAGCGCGAUGCCUGCUUUGCCCGAGCACAAGGGGCUGAGUGGCUGGUUGGAGCAGACACGUUCAAAGACGCCAUCGCAGUAGCCUCUACCAACACCACCACAAACAUCUUCAACGAGGUUCGUGGAAAGGUGCUGCGACACCAGGCUGACUUCCUUAUCAACGAGCUAGCCUUCUUCAAGGGCGAGGAGAUUGAUGAAGAAGGGAAGAGCCUUGCCCUUCCAACUGACACACGGGUGAGGUUGAAAUGGGAGCUCAAUGAAAAGGGGUUGCCCGUGUGGCCCCCUUUUGUUAUUGAAGAGGGGGAAGACAUAGAGGGGAUGCCAAGCUUUGAUGCUUGGGUGGCAGAGCCCCAGGAUGUGCCUGCUAAGCCUUCCAACACUCCCCCAUCUUCUCAGCCCGCCCCAGCCACUACUCCUACUCUCUCUCCUCCAGAUCGGCCAUCUCCUGCUCGAUCUGUUAUUGUGCCCACUGACGCAUCCAUCCCCGUCAACCUGACAGAUGAUUAGCUUAAGAUUUUCUUUGUUUCUUUUAUAUUGCUUUUGUAUGUUUGUGUUGAUCAAUAAACUAAUUCAUUAUGU